AUGAAAUUCAAGUUAUAUGUGAAUUCUGCCAGGCAAUACAAGGACCUGUGGAAUAUGAGUGAUGACAAACCCUUUCUAUGUACUGCCCCUGGAUGUGGCCAGCGUUUUACCAACGAGGAUCAUUUGGCUGUCCAUAAACAUAAACAUGAGAUGACACUGAAAUUUGGUCCAGCACGUAAUGACAGUGUCAUUGUGGCUGAUCAGACCCCAACACCAACAAGAUUCUUGAAAAACUGUGAAGAAGUGGGUUUGUUUAAUGAGUUGGCAAGUCCAUUUGAGAAUGAGUUCAAGAAAGCCUCGGAAGAUGACAUUAAAAAAAUGCCUCUAGAUUUAUCUCCUCUUGCAACACCCAUCAUAAGAAGCAAAAUUGAGGAGCCCUCUGUUGUAGAAACAACUCACCAGGAUAGUCCUUUACCACACCCAGAGUCUACUACCAGUGAUGAGAAGGAAGUACCAUUGGCACAAACUGCACAGCCCACAUCAGCUAUAGUUCGUCCAGCAUCUUUACAAGUUCCCAAUGUGCUGCUUACAAGUUCUGACUCAAGUGUCAUUAUUCAGCAGGCAGUACCUUCACCAACCUCAAGUACUGUAAUCACCCAGGCACCGUCCUCCAACAGGCCAAUUGUUCCUGUACCAGGCCCAUUUCCUCUUCUGUUACAUCUUCCCAAUGGACAGACCAUGCCUGUUGCUAUUCCUGCAUCAAUCACAAGUUCUAAUGUGCAUGUUCCAGCUGCAGUCCCGCUUGUUCGACCAGUCACCAUGGUGCCUAGCGUUCCAGGAAUUCCAGGUCCUUCCUCUCCUCAACCAGUACAGUCAGAAGCAAAAAUGAGAUUAAAAGCUGCUUUGACCCAGCAACAUCCUCCAGUUACCAAUGGCGAUACUGUCAAAGGUCACGGUAGUGGUUUGGUUAGGACUCAAUCAGAGGAAUCUCGACCACAGUCAUUACAACAGCCAGCUACAUCCACCACAGAAACUCCGGCUUCUCCAGCUCACACAACUCCACAGACCCAAAAUACAACUGGUCGUCGAAGAAGAGCAGCUAAUGAAGAUCCCGAUGAAAAAAGGAGGAAGUUUCUGGAAAGAAAUAGAGCAGCAGCUUCAAGAUGCCGGCAAAAAAGAAAAGUCUGGGUUCAGUCUUUAGAGAAGAAAGCAGAAGACUUGAGUUCAUUAAAUGGUCAACUGCAGAGUGAAGUCACCCUGCUGAGAAAUGAAGUGGCGCAGCUGAAGCAGCUUCUUCUGGCUCAUAAAGAUUGCCCUGUGACCGCCAUGCAGAAGAAAUCUGGCUAUCAUGCUGCUGAUAAAGAUGAUAGUUCAGAAGAUUUGUCAGUGCCGAGUAGUCCACAUACCGAAGCUAUACAACAUAGUUCUGUCAGCACAUCCAAUGGAGUCAGUUCAACUUCCAAGGCAGAAGCUGUAGCCACUUCAGUCCUCACCCAGAUGGCGGACCAGAGUACAGAGCCUGUGCUUUCGCAGAUUGUCAUGGCUCCUUCCUCCCAGUCACAGCCCUCAGGAAGUUGA